ACCAAAGAGGUUGGCAGAAAAAAUGGUAGCUUCCAACGUCCUUCGAGUAACACCUCUACUCCUCUUUGCCAUCUUAUUCCUAACACUAAUCGAAACCUCUCAUGCUGGUGGCAUCGCCAUCUACUGGGGUCAGAACGGCAACGAGGGAACCUUAACCCAAACCUGUGCCACCGGAAGAUACAAAUAUGUAAACAUAGCUUUCCUCAUCAAAUUCGGCAAUGGCCGAAAACCAGUGAUCAACCUUGCAGGUCAUUGCAACCCAGCAUCCAACGGAUGCAAGAUAGUCAGCAAUGGCAUUAGAAAUUGCCAAAAGCGAGGAGUGAAGGUAAUGCUCUCCCUUGGGGGUGGUGUUGGAAGCUACUCCCUAGCUUCUGCUGCAGACGCAAGAAAUGUAGCACACUAUUUGUGGAAUAAUUUCUUGGGUGGAAAGUCUUCCUCACGUCCAUUAGGCGAUGCCAUUUUGGAUGGCAUAGACUUUGACAUAGAGCUUGGAUCCACAAAGUAUUGGAACGAUCUUGCACGGUACCUAAAGUCCUACAGCACGCCACGAAGAAAGGUGUACUUAAGCGCAGCUCCCCAAUGUCCAUUUCCUGAUAAAUUCCUUGGUAAAGCUCUAAACACAGGCCUUUUUGACUAUGUCUGGAUUCAAUUCUAUAACAAUCCACAAUGCCAAUAUAGUUCAGGUAACAUCAAAAAAUUAAUAAGUUCGUGGAACCGAUGGACUAAGUCAAUAAAGGCUGGGAAGAUAUUUUUGGGUUUGCCUGCAGCUCCUAAUGCCGCCGGAAGUGGAUAUAUUCCACCCAAUAUGCUGAUUUCUCGAAUUCUUCCUGUCAUUAAGAAGUCACCAAAGUAUGGAGGUGUGAUGCUGUGGUCUAAGUAUUUUGAUGAUAGGACUGGAUAUAGUUCCAAAAUUGUGAAAAAGGUGUGAAAUUGUGCUUCUAGUUUGAAUAUUAAGGAGCUGGAUAUCCUCGUAUAAUUAUUAUAAUUAUCAAUAAAUAAAAUUAGUUGAUAUCCUUGCAUGUACGGCUUUGAGCCGAAUGAAAAUAAAUGAAUAAUCUUUAAUUUGCGUUGCUGGUA